AUGACCAGCACGUUCCAUGGAGCCAUCGACGCCCAUGUCGCCAUUCCCGCUCCACAUUGCGGGCCCGGCGGGACGAUGAACUUCAACUUUGGGCCUGGCCUAGCUGAUGGGCAAAAGCGCAGAGUAGAACCGUUCUUAAUGGUGCCAUUUGCGCCGGACCCUGACCUUGUCGACCGGCCUGCGAUCGCCGCCUGGGUGCGCGACAAGUGCGCGGGACCGGGUGCGCGGGCAGCGCUGGUGGGUCUCGGCGGCGUAGGCAAGUCGCAGCUCGCCCUCUACACCUGGGCUCGAUUCGAGGAAGCCUACAAAGACAUCGCCAACCGGCUGGAGCUUCCAGGGAGAGACGAUCCGAAGGCGAACGUGUUGCGGCUGGUGCACAACUGGCUGCGAGAUGAUGCGAAGGGACGGUGGGUGAUGGGCGUCGACAACGUGGACGAUGUAGAGACCUUCUUCCCGUCGCGGAAACGCCAGCGCCAUGGAAACGAGGCAGACGCCAGCGCCCAGAUACCGCUAGCUACCUACCUUCCGCAGAGCCGCAAUGGGGCGAUACUGGUCACGUCACGGAGUCAAGACGCAGCUACCAGGCUAGUGGGGGGAUACAACCGGACCAAGGGAGUGCUUGCGAUGGACGAGGAAGAAGGCCUGCAGCUCCUUCGCAAUAAGCUGCAGGACCCGCUAGUCGAAGAGAGCGCUAUAGACCUACUGUGCUCGCUCGACUGCAUACCUCUUGCUGUUGUCCAGGCGGCCGCAUAG